UUAGUGUCACAGGCUUUUCGUUCCGGUCUGGGAAACGUCUUGAACACAAGAGCGCAGGAUCUUCAAACGUGUGUCCUCAGUUAGUGUUUCGAUUUACCAUACAGUCAACUGUCUGGCUAUCGAGCUAGCAAUACUUAUAUUUCCUUAGGCAAUUUAGAUAGCUAGUUAUCCGUAUUUUCCUGUUUUGCAAUGGAAAGUGCGGAGUAUAGAGGGACUCCUUCUGUAAUCGACCGAUAUUUCACACGUUGGUAUAAAACAGAUCUCAAGGGAAAGCCAUGCGAGGAUCACUGUAUUCUGCAACAUUCAAACAGAAUCUGUGUGAUAACAUUGGCAGAAUCACACCCCAUCCUACAGAAAAAGAAAAGGAUUCAAAGUAUCAAUUACCAGAUCAGUGCAGGAUGUAGCCGUCUUCAGAACAAGGUGUCUGGGAAAUCCAAACGAGGUGGCCAGUUCCUGACAGAACUUGCUCCCCUGUGUCGAAUCACAAGCACAGAUGGAGAGGAAUAUACCAUUUUCAGCUGCAUAAGAGGCCGUCUGUUGGAAGUCAAUGAGGACAUUCUCAAGACGCCAGAUCUCUUACUUGAAAAGCCUUCCACAGAGGGCUACAUUGCGGUCAUCCUGCCCAAAUUUGAGGAGAGCAAGAGCAUCACCGAGGGCCUCUUGACCAGAGCAGAAUACGAAGACGUGCUGUUAAAAAGGACAGGGGAGAGUAAGGAGCCCUGCUGAUGAUGAGAUUGGAGACGAAUGGGAACGUUGUCAUGACGGCCAUCAUGUGAACACUGGAGGGUGGGUGGGGGUAUAUCAUCUUCCCCCUCCUCCCUGCCAUUUCCAGGGAAGGCCAAGAACUUGACUGCACUGAAAGUCUUGUGGCACAGCAGCCAUAAGCCAGGAGUGUCUCCAUCUUUAAAUUUUCUUUUGAAAUCAGAGAACCAAUACGGAUGAUCAUUUUUAAAGGAACCUGGAGCCCCUUUCACAGAGGCCUUUCAUUUUGAGUAGAGAAUGAAUGAUAACGAGAAUGAUAUUUAUGUUAGACAAUGUAUUUAAAAAGCUUGGGUGACUGUGUUCCUUUUUUCGCGUCAUCAAAAUAAAACUUAUUGGAGAGGGGGGUGGGAAAAUAAACAACGCCCCUACAUUUUCAUGUUGCAUUUCCUCUACCCUUCUGUAAUGUGCUAAACCAUGCAAGCCAACAAGGCAGAAUAAAUUUAUGUUUUCCUGCUCAGAUAAAA